GCAAAAAAACAAAAGUACCACCGUUGUUCAACAAGUAUAGACGAAGACCAACCCGACCCUCUGAGUAUGUCGACCAAACCAGCAGCCAAAGGAAAGAACUCCGCGAAGAAGAGAAACUUUCGCCGCCGGUCCGGACAGCAGCAGAUGGAUGCCACUGAUCCCCGUCGAGAUGCCCGCUUGGGGUCUCUUUCGCAGGACGAGUAUUCCUCGCUGGCUAGCGCGCUGGCCAGGUUAGGCCAAAGAGUUCAAUGCAGACAGUUAGCAAUACCACUAACAGUAACUACGCGUGGAGUAGGAGUUGCAACCGCGAUAGCGUAUGACCACGCAGCAACCACUUGGGACGUUGAAAACAUUCGUACGAUUCUCACGAUCCACCAAAUGUAUCGAGUCCAUCUGUGGCUCGUAUACUACAAAGUGUACCUGGCUCAAAAGGCUCUGGUUGUACCGCUUACCAGUUUUACCGCUUUAGAGCAUAUCUUCAUCGCUCAUGACUUCAGUGAUACAAUCCGCAGAAUCACCGAGGCCCCAUCCAUGAUUGUGAUGAUCCUCGAUUGCAUCGGAAAGAUCGAGACCCAAGACAACAUAUACCACAUGGGAUUCGGUCGCGCUCAAAAUGAAACCCUCGAGUAUCGAUGCCUUGUGCAGACGCCGGUGAACCUUCGCGCAACGCUAGACAUGCUUGCGGCCGCCGAUACUCCUGAAGCUGAUCGCCAGGCGUUUAUCGCAGCAAAUAGCAUCCCAGGAGCUCGUUACGAAAACAACCUGCUCCAAAACGCGGAACAGAUUAUGCCCAUCAAUUAUGGUCUGCAGGACUUGGUAAGGGACAUUCAUUCCUACCAGAACCUGCUCGCCCGCGCUCAUUGCCUGCUUCCAAAACAGUACCUCGCCAAGUUUGAAUGGAGUGCCACCGGAAAUGCUGGAGGACUGUGGUCGACUGAGCUCGCUGAUCUCCGUGUAUCAAGCCGAUUCGAUGCAGGACGAGCUCCGUUGGUAGCGGGAUCGCGCCGUCGCCUGCGGGGAAACGAUGAUGAGAUAGUCGACGUUUCUGUUCCAGCCAUUGCGAACGCAGACUAUCGCAGCUCCGAGAUCGUUGGUUCACAAUUUUCAACGUUUUGGUCUCGUGAACCCUCAACGUCGUUGGCAACUGCGAUAGGUUGCACUAGCCUUGUUGGCGAAUACUGCCACGUAAGCACACGCCACAGAAUGACGGGCCCCAAUAUCGUAACCACCGACCCGGUGGGUACGAUGAUGGUGGUUACCCACUGGGUCGGUGGUUACGAUGAUGUUGAUAUCAUACGCCGCGCGCUAGAUCGCUUCGGAGAAACUCUUCCUUCACGGCUGGACUAA